AUGAAGCUCACCACCUUUACCGUUGUCGCCGCCCUCGCUGCGCCAUUCGUCCAGGCUGCCCCAACUGAACUUCGACAGCUCGUCAACAGGCAAACACGGCCCAAGGAACUCAUUCAACCCGAGCUCUACCCCGUUUUGCAACGAUACACCAGAUAUGCUGUAGCAUCACUCGCAACCUUUGUGUACGGGUUCGGAACAUGCAAAAGCCCUCCCUUCGAAUCAAAACUUGUUCGGACAGUAGUCAGCAACAUCCUAUCCGACACACAAAUCGCUGUAUUCCAAGAUGAUGCCGCCAAAGAAUUCAUCGUGUCCUUCCCAGGCACAAGUUCAGUGCAAGAUUUCGGAACAGACUUCAAUUUCUUCUUCAUGCCCUUCGACACUGCACCAGGCUGCACCGGCUGCCAAGUCCAUGGAGGUGUUCUGAACGGUUGGCGUUCCGUUCAAGCUGGUCUCACAAAGGCGCUUGCUGAACUCCGAGCCGAGGAACCAACUUACUCCACCAUCAUCGUUGGGCACAGCCUAGGAGGUGGUCUUGCAAGCAUCGCCUAUACAGAUCUCAAAUCCAAUGGUAUACCUGUAGAGGCCGUAUACACCAUGGGCUCACUCCGUGUCGGCAACCAGCAAUACGCCGAUUUCACGGACAAACUGUCGGGCGCGAGCGAUACCCAACUUGGUAGCCUCAUCCGCAUUACACAUCGGAUUGAUGGCGUACCGGGUCUGCCGCUCACCCCUAUGGGCUUCGUGCACACGCGCACUGAGAUCUAUGAGCUGGAUACCGCACUGGUUGGUGGAACGCAGAGUGCGGCGACUACGUUCCGCUGUUAUGGCCAGGAAGCUCCUGAUUGCAACAAGGGUACUGCGGUUGGUUUUAUUAACCAAGAUCAUCUGGUCUACACUGGUAUUGACAUGACGACUCCAGAGCAAUGUAACAACUGA